GUUUUUUUUGAAAUAUCUUCAAAACCUGAUCUUUUGUUCUUAGAAAAAAUAAAUAAAAAUAAAUCAUACCUUUUAAACAUUCCAAUUAUAAUAGAUAUCACAUUAUUUGUUGAUAAAAAAAAUGAUGAUGAUGAAAAAAACAAGACGAAUAAGAUAAUAACAGUAGAGGGUGUAAGUGUCAUGGAUGAUGAUAAUAAUAUAAAAAUAAUAAAUAAAAAAAAAAAAAAUAAUAAUAAUACUAAAAAUAAUCAAGAUAAUAAUAAUAAUAAUAAUGAUAAUAUUUGUUGUCCAAACUUUUUAGAAGUUCAUAAGAGAGACGAAAAAGAUAGAAACUCAUCUAUUCCUCAUACUUAUAACUGUUAUAAGGAAGAAAUAAAUCUAUAUCUCAUUUUUUGUUUAACAUUUCCAUGUUUAAUAACGAAUAUAUAUUUUUUGAAUUAUAAGAAGGUUACAACAGAAGAAACUAAAAGUAUGAUAAUAGAAUUAGUAAAUAAAAAUAAAUUUUUAAAUAUUAAUUAUAGUAUAUCUAAAAUUCCUUAUAUAACAAUAAAUAAAAAAGAGGGAAAAAUUAAUCCACAAGAAAAAGAUAUAAUAACACUUACAUUGAAAUGUAAUAUCAUAAAGAAAAUUAAUGAAUAUAUGUAUAUUUUUUUUUGUAAUAAUAUAUAUUUUUUUGUCAUUUUUAUAAAUGGAGAAGUGCAAUUAUUAUCAAAUAGUAAUGAUGAUAUGCUGACAAAGAAAAAUAUAAAAAAUAAAUAUGAUAAUAGUAAUGAUGAUAAUAAUAAUAAUAAUAAUAAUAAUACUUAUAUAUUAAAUCAUAUCAGUCAUAUAAAAAAAAAAAAAAACGUAAAGAGAAAUGCCAAUGAUCAUAAUAUUAACAAUGAUGAUGAUAAAAUAUUCGAACGCAUUCUUAAAAAUGUAGAAUGUAAUAAAGUAAACAGACAUUUAUAUGAACAAGAUGGACAACUAGAUAAAUAUAAAUACAAUGAAAAUUUUAUGAAUUAUUUAAAAAAUAAUAAAAAAAAAUAUAACGAUGUUUUGAAAUACAUCUACAAAAAGAGACAUAAUUCAAAACAUAAUAUUAUAAUUAAUAACAACAUAAAAAAUAAUGAUUCUAUGAUGAACAAAACAGGUUGUCAAAGUUUACAAUAUAAAAAAGACAAUAAUAAUAAUAAAAAAAAAAAUGUAGAUAAUCAUAAUAAUAUAAUAAAAGAAUGUAACAUAGAUGAUAAAAGAACAAACGUUUUAAAAGAUCUUUAUAUAUAUAUAAAUGAAGAAUAUACAAAUAAAAUUACAAAUAUAUAUAUACCUCAACAUUUCUAUGAAGAAAAAAGAAAACAAUAUAUAGAUAUAAAAAAAAUGAAUAAACAACAAUAUAUAAUUACAACAAUGAAAAAAGAAAAAAAUUUUAAUGAAUCAUUAAAUUUAAAAAAAAAUAAAAUAAAUAAUAUUAAUAAAGAGAAUGAUAAUAUUUUUCAACAUGUCCAUAUUAUAAAACAAUAUUUAAUAUAUCCAAAAAUUAUUAAUUUUAAUUAUAUAUUAUUAAAUAAAGAAUUUGAAACGUAUAUUCAUAUACAUAAUACAAAUUCUAUAUAUCCAAUAAAUAUAUUUUUUUCACAUAGUAAUAAUAUACAAAUUAAUUAUCCUGAUGAAACAAAUAAUAUAAAUCAUAGCCAAAUUAAUGAGAGCAACAUAUGUGAUUCUUAUCAAAAUACUAAAGUUACAAUAAAAGAAAAUACACAAAAAAAUAUAUGUCUAAAAUUUAAUUUAAAAAAUUAUAAUAUUUUUAAUAAUAAUAAUAAUCAAAAUAAUCAAAAUAAUGAAAAUAAUCAAAAUAAUGAAAAUUUUUUUUUUCCUCAAUUACAAAGUAUUAAUAAUGUAGAAGAAGAACAAAUAUGUAACAACCAUAUUAUUUCAAAAAGAAAUAGUAAAAAUAAUAAUGAACAUAAUUAUUUAAAUGAUCCUUAUAAAGACAAACCAUAUAAUAUAUAUCAUCAUAAAACCACACCAUUCUAUGAAAUAUAUAUUUAUUAUGAAUAUAUCUAUUUAAAAAAUGAAGAGCUUUGUUAUAUAGACAAAAUAAUACUUCAGGCCAACUUAAUAUUAUUAAAUCUUUUUAUAAAUACUAACAUAUUAUAUUUUUCUUUUACAAAUAGGGAUAUAGACAUCUUUUAUAAUAACUAUUUCUUUGUAUACAAUCCGUUUAAUAUCACAAUACAGAUGAAAUUAAAAUAUAAUGAGCAAGUCUUAAAAAUGAACAACCUUAUAAGUAUAUGUCCUGGUGAAUAUAAAAUUAUCCCAGUACAAUUUAUUCCCAGCGAAGCUACAAAAUGUGUAGAAGAAUUUAUUCAAGUAAUAUUGGACGACUUCAGAUUGUACAAAAGCAUAAAAUGUUUGUGCUCUCCAUCCCAAUGUAGCUAUAAAAUUAACGUGACUGAAAUAAAUUUUGAUCAUGUCCUUUUAAAUAAAAAUUAUUCAAAAAGUUUUUACAUAACAAAUACAAGUAAUUUUCCACUUGUGUUUAUGUGCGUUUAUAAACCCACAUAUGUACAUGUCCUUUCGAAGCGUAAUUAUGCUAAUAAAAAUGAAAAAAUAAAAAUUACCAUAUUGAUAAAUAUCAAAGAAGAUAUAAAAAUAAAAGAUAAACUUAUAUUCUAUGUGAGACAAAGAGGAAACCUGAUUCUACCUAUAAGUGUCAAGGUGGCCCAAUCCAAUAUUGUAAUAAUAAACUGUCCAGAUAUUAUACAAGAGAGCAUGGAACGUAAAAGCUACCAGCUCAAUAUUUUAAACAAAGGCAUGUGCGAAGAAAGUAUUAUUAUUAAUUUCAAUGAAAUAACGUUUUUCAAUAUAUAUAUGCAAGAUGAAAAUAUAAGAAAUAAAAUCAGUUGUAUGAACUAUAAAAACAAAGAAUAUAAACAGAGUGAAGAGAAAAAAGAAAAUAUAUUUUUUAAUAUAUAUAAUUUAGAAUAUGAUAAUAUUAUAAUAGACGAAUAUAUAAAAUAUUAUUACAAUGAAUUUAUUUUAUUAUAUAAUAAUUUAUGUAAUAAUAAUAAUAAAAUAAAAGGUAUACUUCAUAUUUCAAAAGAAAAAAAAUGUUUAAAUAAUUGUUAUAGAAUUAUAAUUCCACCUAAUACAUUUAUAACUUUAAUUAUGGAAUGUUAUAUAAAUAAAAUAUAUCAAAGAGAGUUAUUUUUAUAUGAACAUGUAAUAUUAAAUAAUAAAUUUAUGAACGAUGCAAAUUAUAAAGAUAAAUUAAAAAUUAAUAUAAAAAAUGAAUAUUUAAAAUUUACUCCUUCUUAUCUUUAUUUUGAAGAUAUUUUAUUAUUUAAUUCGGAGAAAUAUUUAAUCACCUAUUUUGAAAAAACUAUAACAAAAAAAUUGAAAAUCAAAAAUCUGUCUCCAGAAAAUUUAACAUGUACUGCACGAAUAUGUGAUUAUAAUCAAGAGCAGACAAAAACAUUACAACAUGGAAAGAUAUCUAAUAAUAAUAAUAUAUCAAGUGAUGAUAAUCAUGUCUAUAAAGAUAACAAUAUGUAUGAAACUAAUGGUACCAAUAAAAAUACAAUAAAAGAUAUAAAAGGAGAAGAAGACAAAAAUAAAUAUAAACAUAAACAUAAAAAUAAAAAUAAACAUAAAAAUAUAAAACAUUUAAUAGACAUAAGUAAUGUACCAGAUAUUUUAAAAUCUAACGAAGAGUGUUAUAUAAACAUAAAAGUUGAUAAUAUAGAAAAAGAAGGAAGAUAUGUUGAAAUGCUAGAAAUAUGUACGGAAAAUAAAAAUAAAAAACAAAAUGAAGAAAAAAUAAAAUAUUCUAUAUAUAUACUUAUAAAUUGUAAAGAUGUUAAAUUAUAUUUCGAUGUUUCUUAUAUUAAUAUUAUAUAUAAUAAAUUAAAUCAAUAUAAUUAUUUCUCUUUCCAUAUAUAUAAUCAUGGUUAUAAUUAUGUAAGAGUCAAUUAUAUUUUCAAUAAUUUAUUUAAAGAACAAUUUUUAUUAGAUAUACAAUUUUUACCAAACAACCAACUAAAUAAGAAAAAUAAAAAAAUAAAAGUUAUUUUAAAAUAUAUGUCAAAAAUUAAUAUCAAACUUAAAACAUUUAUUACUAUAACUGUAAUGGACCAUGAAAAAUAUGACAUUCCUUUGUUCAUAAAUAUUAACGAAGAAAUUGACUAUCUCAUGAGCAAGGUAAAUUAUAAAGAUGUAAUAGAAAAUAAAGACAUAACAAAGAAUAAACAUGACAAGAUAUAUAUACACAAAACGGAUCAGCACUUAUACGAAGAAAAUCAAAAUAAUGCGGAUCAAAAUAAUCAUGAUAUAUCACACAUUUAUUCUUAUGAUAAACAAAUAAAAAGUGAAGCGUCUACAAAUAAAGCCCAGUUAUUAUCAUCACACCUGUCAGGUGAACACAAAGAUGAUGUUCAUAUUAUAAAUGACAAUAAAAAUAUAAGUUAUUUUACUAAAGAGCAAGAAUUUGCCCUAUAUAAUAAUAUGUCUAUACCAUAUACACUUAAAUAUAAACAAAAUAAAAAAGUGAAUGUCGAUGAGAAUGAAAACAUAAUCUCCUCCUUUUACAAACAAAAUAUGGAAGAAUCAAGUGAUAUAUAUAGUAAUAUAUUUAAAAAUCUACAAAUUGAAAAUAUAAGAAAUCCUUAUUAUAAUACAAAUGAAGAACCAAUAAUUAAUUUAAAAGAAAUUGUACAUGAUUAUAUUUUUAUAUUUAUUCAACAUGUUAUCAUAAAUAAAAAUUAUUUCCCACAAAUAAUUGAAAACACUAAUGAUCUAUAUGUAUUUUUUUUAAACAUUUUAUAUGAUCUAUCUUUUAUAUUUAAUAGUAGCAAGAAUAUACAAAAUAUAAUAAGUGAACUAAAAGCAUAUGAACAUAUGCAAAAUAAUAGUGUUGACAAAAAUGACUUUUUAAAUGAGAGCUUUUUAAAAAACAUGAAGUCUCUAACAGAAUGGUUGAUCCAAGAGAACCUACUAAUAUAUCAUAUAAUGUAUGAAAAUUUAUUACCUCUUAAUUUGUACCUACAUUAUAUUUUUAAAAACAUACCAGAAUACUUUUAUAUAAAAAAGGAAAGUGAUGAAAGAAAAAAAAAAUGGAAAGAAAAAAAGAAUGUAGAUAACUCAAUAUUAUAUGAUAAUAAAAAAGAUAUAGAUGAGGAAGAAUAUAAUGAAGAAAAAAAAAAUUUCAUAAAUAUAUCUGAUAUACAAUCAUUUUUAAACAAUGAUAAUUACAAAGGAGAUAAUAACAUUUUUUAUUUAGAUAAUAUAUUUAAAACAUAUAUUAAAUUAUUUAUAUAUUCUUGGAUUACUAUAUUCUUAGAUAUUAUUUUUAAGAGAAUCUUUUCUUUUAUAACUAUUACAUCGUUAUAUAAUUCGAGAGGUAUUAAAAUAUGUACUCUUGAAAAUAAUAUAUAUGAAAAUAUUCAUAUCCAUAAAAUAAAUUAUCUUAUAGUAUUAAAUAUACAAGACAAUCAAAUUAACAAGUAUGCAUGUUUUUCUACAAAUGAAAAAAAAAAAAAAUAUAUAGAUAAAAAAAAAAAUACAUAUAUAGAUAAAAAAAAAAAUAUACAUAUAGAUAAAAAAAAAAAUAUACAUAUAGAUAAAAAAAAAAAUAUACAUAUAGAUAAACAAAAAAAUAUACAUAUAGAUAAAAAAAAAAAUAUACAUAUAGAUAAACAAAAAAAUAUACAUAUAGAUAAACAAAAAAAUGAAAAUUCAAAUAUAAAGGUACACGAUUUAUCAUAUAAUCAUCAUAAAUAUAAUGAAGUUUCAAAUAUACAAGAAAAAGCAUACUUUCAUUUUUAUCAAAAUAAUUUUAUAGACAUAAAGGAAGUGCUACAUAAAAUUGGACAGUCAGAAGAUACAAAUCUCUCAAAAAAAAACGAAGAAAUAAAAGAAACAAAUAAGGACUCUUAUCAUACAAAUAAUCUUUAUAAUAAUAGUAACAAUUUCAAAAAUAAUGUGAAGGAAAAUAACAAAAUGAACAAAAUUAUAAAAAAGGAGACACCAAAAAUAUUAGAUCAAAAAAAGAAAAAAAAUACGAUUAAAGAGGAAGACAAAAAGAAAAAAACGCAAAACCCUACAAUUCCAGAGAAAUAUGAACAUAAUAAUCAUCUCAACAUUAAAAUACAUACAAAUAUAAAUUAUUAUAAAAAAAUAGAAGUUAUUUUAUAUGAAUGGUUAUAUUUUCAUUAUAAUAAUGUAUAUAACACCAAAGUAAAAAAAGAAAAAUUUAUAUUUAUACAACAAAAAAAAGACAUAUCAAAAGAUAAUAAGUCAUGUGUUCAAUAUGAUCAAAAUAAAAGCGAUUCAGAAAUGAAAGAUAGAAAUAGCACAAAAAAAGAUUUAAUGUAUGAUAAGGUUAUAACAAAUAAAAGGAACUACAUGACUGAUAUGGAUAUUCAACAUGGUAACAAUAAUAAUGAUAAUAAUAAUAUUACAUGUGAUAUUAUACCAUUCUAUGUUGAGAAAAAAAAAAAGAAAAAAAAAAAUAUUUUAAAAAAAAAGAAAGAAAUCAUCACAAAUCUACAUGAAUUAAAUGAUCUUGUUAUUAUCAUAUAUACCAUAAUUUCUCAUAUUCCUUAUUUUUUAUUUUUUAAAAAUAAAAUUAAAGACCCAUGUAAAUGUAAAAAAGAUUAUUUAUAUAACAUAGACAUACUAUUAUUAAUUUUGAACACCAUUAAAUUAAAUAAUUUAAUAAGUAGAAAUGUAUUAAUACAAUUUAAUUAUGUUCAUAUAUUUAUAUUCUUAUCAUCCUUAUAUAUAUUAUUACCAAAUUAUAUUCCAAAUUAUUAUUUAGUUCUAGAUGAUUUUUCAUCAUAUAAAAAUGAUAUAAAUAUAAUAAAAGAAAAUUUACAAAAAAACACAAGGACAAAAAAAUUAAAACAACAUCAUAUGGAUAAUAAGAUAAAGAAUAACAAUAAUAAAAAUAUAAAUGAUAACCAUGCUCAUAAUAAUUAUUAUCAAGAAAAACAAUCAAAAAAAAAUAUUACAUGUGAUGAAAAAAUCAAUGAACGAAUUAUAUAUAUAUAUAAUUCUAAUAAAUACAUGUGUUCAUAUGAUAUUUUUCUGAUAGGAUCUAAAAAAUAUACAAUUGAUAAAAAUCAUAUAACUAUAAACUCAUUGAAACAUGAAGAAAUAACUAUAACCAUUGAUCCACAUUAUGAUGAUCAUAUUAUUGAAUAUAACUGCAAUAAUAAUAUUUUUUUGAAAGAUAUUAAUAAAAUGAAAUAUAAAAAAAAGGAUAAACGUUUUGAACACACUAAUAGUGAGAACGAAUUUUCUGAUAGUAUUACAAACGAUUCAUCACUAUCAUCAUUGUCAUCACUAUCGUCAUCGCUGUCAUCAUCGCUGUCAUCAUCACUAUCGUCAUCGUUGUCAUCAUCAUUGUCAUCAUCACCAUCAUCUUCCAAGUCUUACAAUCAUUCUCGGUGUGACGAAUCAUGUAUCCCUAAAAACAUAGAAAAAAAUAAAUCAAAUUCAAAACAUAUAAAACAUAUGCCUAUCGAUAAAAGUAACAACUAUUCAAUUCUUGUUUUGAGGGAAUCAAAUAAUAAUUUAAUGGACUUAAAAACGGCAGAGGAAAAAUUCAUUUGCAUAAAAAUUAUAGAGGGGAAUAAUAAGGACCAGAAAAAAUCACAUUUAGAGAUGAAUAAAAAUAAUAUAAAAAAUAAAGAUAAUGAAUAUAAUUCUCCACAUGAUAAAACAAAAGAGAGACAAAUAAAAGGUGAUGUAUAUAAGAAUAUGUAUUCAUCAAAUUGUGCUGAGUUCAAUAUUAUUUUAAAUGAUAGUGAAGUGAAAUAUAUUAAUUUUAAAGGUAUGGUGUAUGAAAAAAAAAACAUCCAAAUAAAUAUGAUAAAUAAUUUAGAUAGAAAAGUGGAGAUUACAACAAAUGUUUAUCAUAUAUAUUUAAAUGAUAGAAAAAAGGAAAUAAAGAAAAAAGAAAAUUUUGAUAAGGAUAUAUAUAAUUUAAAACAUAGAAAAGGGACAGAAAAUAAUAUAAAUAAUAAUAUAAAGAAUAAUAUAAAGAAUAAUAUAAAAAAUAAAAUAAAUAAUAAUAUAAAUAAUAAUAGUAAUAUUUUGAAUGUUAACUAUGAUAUGUAUUAUGAAUGUGAUGCCUGUAAAAAUAUAAAUAAUCAUCUAAAAACAUAUAUAAAUAAAGAUGAUAUAAAUUUUCAGUGUGUUUAUUUAGAUAAAGAAAAGAAUAUAUAUAUUAAUAAAGAUAAUUGUAGUAAUAAAAUAAAUUUUCAUUUUUCUCCUUUUUUUCAAGGUACUUAUUAUUGUUUUCUUUUAUUUAAUGUUUUAUGUACUAAAACAAAAUUACUUUUAUCAACUUGUAAAAUCAAUUGUGUCUUUUAUAUAAAUUUUAUAAAACCUGAAGAGGUUAUUAAGAUAAAUUAUAAAUCUAAUAAUUUUACAUAUGAUCUUAUUUUAAGACCAUUGAAUAAACAAUUUUUAAAGAGUAUUUAUAACAUUUUAUAUAAAUUAAAUAAUAGCAAUAAUAAUAUUUUUUUUUCAAUUUAUAUAAAGAGAUAUUUAGACAAUAUAUAUAUGAAUAAAGAGGAUUUUUUUAUUUUAUGUGACUGUAGUAAUAAAGUAAAAAUUAAAGAUAAGAAAAUAUCUUUUACAAAUUUUAAAUAUUUAAAAGAUGAUAUAAUAAAUAACAAUAUAGAUAUUGAUUUAUUGUGUGAUAUGAUAAAAAAGGAUGUCACGUAUACAUGCAAAUUAGAAAUAAAUGAAGAAAUGAAUGGUGUCUUUGAAUAUAACCUUUAUCUUUUAAAAGGGAAACAAUAUAAUGUAGAAAAGAAUUUAUUCAUGAUAAAAGAUAGAGGAGAAAAUUAUAUGAACGAUGAAAUGUUAUCAUAUAUAGAGUGUGAAAAAAAUAUAAAUAAUAUGUUAUCCUGUCCAAAUAAUAAUAACAUUAACAUGAUAAGUAAUAAUUGUUAUAAUUAUUUUCUUUGUGAUAAUGAACUUGAUCUACCAUUUUGUAAGCCCAUGGUAGUAGAUAAUUAUUAUCAUUACUGUGAUAUAAAGCUAUAUAAAAUAAUAUGCAAUAUUAAUGAUGAAAAUAACAUAAGAACUAUUAAUAUAAAUUUAAAAGCUGGUAUGAUAUACAAAAAAAAUAUUCCUUUAUUUAAUUAUAGCAAUAAUAAUAUUACAUAUAAAUGUAGUUUUUCAGAUAUUAUGAAUGAUAAAAAUAUGAUUAUUAAUUAUAAUAUAUUUACUUGUGACGAAUAUGUUGAAUUAAAAAAAGAUAUGGAAAUAUAUAAUUUUGAAGUUAGAUGUUUUUGUCCUAUCGGUGGAAUAAAAUUCAGUUUAUUUUUUAUUUUGACAAAUAUACUUAAUGAACAAGAUAAAAUAAAAAUAAGAAUUGAAGGAUAUAUAUCAAAACCAGUUCCUAGAGAAAAUAUACAAAUAAAUGUUUUAAAUAAAAUAAAAAAAAAUAUACAAAUCGAAAUUUUUAAUGAAUUAGAUAUUCCUUGUGAAUUCAAAAUAUAUUCAGACCUGUUCAUAUUAUAUGGAGAAAAAAAAAAAAUUGAAAUGAUGCCUAAACAAAAAAAACUAUAUACAUUUUUUAUAAAAAGUGCACAUAUUGGUGAAUUUAUUGGUUGUCUUAUAUUCAAGUUUUAUAAAUAUAUAGAUAUAAAUAAUGAAAAUAAAAAUUCCUUUUUUUCUGAUUAUUUUUUUUGGUAUAGAUUAAAUAUUGUAGUAGAAUUAAAUGAGCCUAUGAAAAUUUUAUACCUAGAAACUUUUAUAGGACAAGAAAUCACAAAAGAUAUUAUUAUAAAAAAUAAUUCAAAUAAUAAACAAGAAUAUUUCUUGUUAUUAUAUAUUAAUGAAUAUAUUGAAAAAAAACAAAUACAAAUAGAUAAAAAUGAUAUAUAUAUUUAUAAAAUUAUAUAUUUACCUUAUAUACCUAAUUAUUUUUAUAAUAUUCAAACGUCAAGUUGUUCACAUUCUAAAUCAUUAACAGAAAAAGAAAAUAAUAAUUAUUUAAAUGACAUUCAUGAAAAAAAAAAAAAAUUACAUUUGGAUGAGGAAGAAAAGCUAUCUGAUGAUUUUAUACAAAAUGAAGAUAAAAAGUAUGAAAAAUUAAAACAAGAUUCAUCUAAAAAACACAUAGAAGAUACAAUAAAUAUUGAAAGUAAUAAUCAUAUACAACAUAAUAAUCAUAUUAUAAUAAACAGUCUAUACAAUUUUUAUUAUUCAAAUGGAGAAUAUAAUAAUACUACACAAUGUUUACAUGAAUCAAAAAAUAAAGACACAUUUACACAAAAAUAUAAAGAAAAAAAUAGAAAUGCAACUGACUUUCAUUUUGAACAUAAACAAAAAAAGAAUUUUCAAUCAAAAGAAAAACAAAUAUUUGAAGAAUUAAUUAAUUAUUGUAAAAAUAAAUAUAUUAAUAUAAACAAUAUCAAUUAUGAUAAUCAUAAUAUCGGUUUCUUUUUUAUAUAUAAUAAAAAACAAGGAAUAAAUUAUUAUAUUUUAAUAUUAUUAUCCAAAUUUAAAAAUAAAUUGAUAAUAAAUAAUUUUUAUACAAAUUUGUCAAAGGACUGUUAUAUAAAUAUUCAUUUCCAGUUUCAACAUGAACAAGAAAGGCAAGUAAAACAAUUACAAAAAAAAGAUAAACAAAAAAAACAACAUACUUUUUCAUAUGAAAUAAUAGAAAAAAUUGACAUAAUUCACAAAAUAAAAAAUGGGCAAAAUAAAAAUAACAUAUAUAAUACACCAAGUGAUAUAUGUUCAAAUAAUGAUGUACCCAUUUCUUGUUCUACACAUGAUGUUUAUAAGAAUCAUUUAAAAAAUUCAUUAUUAAAUUCAGAUGAAGAAAAUUAUUCUUUAAAUUAUGAUAAUAAAGAACAAGAAAUAAAUCAUUCUUCAAAUAUUAAAUGUAUCUAUUUGAGUAAUAAAAUUAAUUAUGCUAUUUUAAAAAAUGAAGAGAAAUUAAGUAAUAAAAUUGUUAUUAAAUACAAACCAACAAUAGGAACAUCUCAAGAUUGUUAUAUAAUCAUAAGAAAUAAUUUAUAUGGAGAUUUUAUUUAUUUUAUGAGAGGAAUGUAUGUUGUGAAAAAAAAAAUAAAAGAACAAUUGGUUUUUUAUAACUCCUCUUUUUUGUAUCGUUUCGUUAUAAAUUUUUUUAAUCCUUUUAAUUGUAAUGUAUGUGUUAAAUGUGGACUAAAAGAAAAUAACAUGAAAAAUAAAAAUAACAUGAAAAAUAUAAAAUAUAUAAAAUAUAUAAAAAAUAUAAAAAAUCACGACGUACAUAAUAACAAUAUCAACACAAUAAAUAAAAAAAAACAACACAAGCACUCAUGUUUGAAGGCAAAAAAAUUAUUAUUAAAUGAUCAAAAAAAUUAUUUUCUUAUCAUCAAUAAUGAUAAUUUUGUAAUUAAAGACAGGAAAGAUUUCCCUCUACUUUUUAUAUCAUUCUGUAAAUAUGAACCAUCAUAUCAUAAAACCUUAAUCAUAAAAUUACAACCAAUGUAUAAUAAAAAUAUACAUAACAUACAAAUCUCUUCUAUUAUAUAUGAAUAUAAUCUAAUUUUCAAUAAAACAAACCCACAACAAAAUCAAAUAGAAAGUAAUAUAUUAAAUCAUUUUGUUUUAUCCAAUUUGUAUACAAGAAAAUCCUUCACACAUGCAUAUCAAACUAUACAAACUGAGGAAAAUAAAAAUUAUGUGGAGGAAUUUAAAAUGAAUAUACACGAGUCAAAUGGAAGUGAAAAUGGAAAUGGAAAUGGAAGUGAAAAUGGAAAUGGAAAUGGAAGUGAAAAUGGAAAUGGAAAUGGAAGUGAAAAUGGAAAUGGAAAUGGAAGUGAAAAUGGAAAUGAUAUUUGCGAGUCAAGUGAUUAUGAAAAUGACAUGUUCAACACAUCCCCAAAUGAAUCUAUUAGUAUGUACGAGUCAGGUGACAGACAUACGACAGACAGCCAAAAGAGCGAUACUGCAAAUGAGUUGUGCAUGGAAGAGUUAAGAAGAGAAUAUAUAGACAAAAGGAGUAUGAGUCAAAACGGAAGGGACCAUAGCAGCAAUUAUGAUUAUAAUUUUAAUGAUGAUUGUUAUUUAAUAAAUGAUAAUGAUAUAAUUUAUUACGAUCAAAAGAUAUUUGUUGAAAGUAUUUGUCAAAAGAAAACAUGUGUACGAAUAUAUAUAGACAAAAAGAAAAUAAGAGAAAGUCCAAAUUAUGAUAGUUUAAUAAAUGAUUUAGAAAUAUGUAAAAAGAAAAAGUGUGUAUUACACAGAAAUGUUGAAAAGGAUGAAUGGAAUUAUAAAAUAUAUUUAAUAAAAUUAACAAAUAUGUAUGAUAAUAAUAAUAACAAUAAUAAGAACAAUAGUGAUGAUAUAAUCAAUAAGAGGAUGAUCACAAUGAAUAAUAUAUUAUUUGAAAUAAACGAUGAAAUAUUAAAUGAUUAUAUAUAUGUAAAUGUAAUAGAAGAUACAGAAGAAGGAUUAUUAAUAGAUAUAGAGUUGUUGGCCUAUUUACCUUUUCAUUGUAAUUUUUUUCUAAUGAUUAAAAAAAAAAUGAAAGAAAAGAUAAAUGGAAAUAAGAAUGAUAUAAAUAUAUCAUCAGAAAAUUGUACUAAGAAGGAUAUUAAUAUAUUACCUCAGUUUAAAGAUAAUAAUAAUAAAUAUAUAAUAAAUGGUAUUGAAAAAAAUUGUAUAUUUAUUGAAAUAUUUAAUUACCUUAAAAUCUGUAGUAAAUAUAUAAAUAUAUUUGUUGAUAAGAAUUUAUGUUCAGAAAUCAAGUUAAAUAUAUAUUAUAAAAAUAAUAGUGAUUCUUAUUUUAAUGCAUAUAUGAUAAAUUACAAUGAAUAUAAUACAAAUGAUGACGUCAAGAAUGAGAUUUUAAAUUAUGAUAUCAAACCAUCUUCAGGUGUAUUAAAACAUAAUAACUAUAAUAAAUUUAUAAUUAUAAGGACUAACAAAAAUGGAGUAAUAAAUAACAAUAACGUUUUUCUUCUCUUGAUAAAAACGGAAAGAAAAAUUUUUUCUUACAUUAUAUUUUCUCAUUACAAGCAUACAAGAACUAUAUUUACUAAGGAUGAGUAUAAUAAGAUAUAUGAUAUAAUAAAUGAAAACAAAAAAAAAUUCAGCGAAGUUUUUAAUACAUUCAAGGAAGAAAAAAAAGAAAGUGUUGUUUUUAAUGAAAGGAAUCAAAUUAUUAUUGAAGAUAUACAAAAAUCAACAAAUGAAAUUCAAAAUAUUUAA